AUUCGAAAAUAAAUUGUCCUUUGCUCGUUUAUUCGCGUUAUUCCUUGCUAGCGUUCUUAUUUAAUAGCCCACAGUGGCGCAGUAGUUCUGCACUGUAUUCAGAGGGCAGAAGGCAAUGCAUGAGGAGAUUUGGGAUAAUUGCGUAAAGACGCAAUGAAAGCUGUCAGACAUGCCUUAAGCAUAAACCGCUGAUCUCUUGAGGGGAAGAGAAGAACCAGUGCCUCAUUUGUUAUUCUACCCAGUAACGCAAAGAAUGGAUUCACAGCCGGCUCACUGCGGUAACCAAGAAGCUUGUUUUCGGCGCAGGCGCGGAAGAAGCGGCGAAGUUAAGGUAAUCGCGUUCGCUGCAAAGGAUUCUGGGUAAGCCGAUCUCUUGUCAAGGGCAGGUUCAUUCAUUAAGGUGUGCGGGAGAUAAUUGCCUUUAUUAUCCCUCAUGCAGAAGAGACAAGUGGCACUGACUGGUGUAUUAGAUAGGUUUGCGGGAUGAAAUUAUUCAGCGUCAUGAGAACUUCCCCCAAAUAAGGUAAGUGAGGGAAUCUCAGCCAACCAAUAGGAGGCGCCCCUCCAUGCUCUGGAAACAUAAGAGGCUCUAUUACAGGCACAACGUAGUCUUUCGGGUUCUGUACGUGUAAACACUUUGUGCAGCGUGUAGUUCUGCAACAUCUUCAGCAACAAUGCUUGAUGAUCUGGAGGUUAUUGGCUAGAGGAGACAGUAUUUCUAUGUACAGUUGCUCUCAGUAGAAUGCAUGUUGCAUUUAGGUAGUGUAAGAGAAGAAUUAACUACAGUUGUUAAAGAAUUACAUCUUUUUGCUGAAACCUUGGCAGCCAUGGGCUGACACUACUGACCCUGAUCUUGAACUGAGCAUCAUUUUAGGAGUCACUCAUUUCAUUUCAUUCAUCGCAGAUGUCAUCCCAUUUUUGCCAUCCAGUCAUACAGCACUCAGGUCCUAUGGUCGCAUUAUAAUGAGUAGCCUACAGAAAAGCACAAAUACAGUCCUCACUCCAUGGCACUUUUCACACUUGUCCCAUGGAUAUCUUGCAAAUUUUAGGCGAGAUAUCUCUUGGGCAAUUACAGGCCAAUAAGCUGCUGACUUUGUUUCAAGGGACUGGGUGACUUUUAUUAGCCAGCGAAAGGCCAUUUUAUAUAUGUAUUAUUUAUUUCUCCCCAUCCACCAUUUAUUUAUCAUCUGACUCCGUCAUCCCUUCUCCCACUGUUGCUGUGACCAUGAUGUUGCAUCUGGGUGUUGGACAAAGAACUUGUAGGCUGUUUAUACAUUGUUGUUUCAGACUAUCCGUUCAUUGCCGCAGUCCCUAGACCAAUAUCCAGACUGCUACAAUCAUAGCAAGGAUCCAGGGAAGCUGGAGUGUGACAGUGGCUCCACUCAGGGUGGAGGUGGUUUUCCCUGUGUGCCAGUUACUCGUUCUCCAGACUUAACUUUGGUGGUCAAAUUAACUUUUUGGAAAGCCAUGGCUGGAAUUUCUAUGCAGACUUUUGUGACAUUUGAUGAUGUUGCUGCAUACUUUUCGGAAGAUGACUGGCAAUGUCUAGAAGAAUGGCAGAAGGAACUUUACCAAAACGCUGUACAAGAAAUUCAUGGAGUUCUGCUUGCCAUGGGGUAUACUAUCAGCAACCCUGAAGUUCUGGUUAGGAUCCAAAAUUUAGAAACAUCUCAUUUCAGUGAAAAUCCAGAUUUAACUAAAAGUAAAAACUGUUGCAAUUUCACUCAUGGUUUUCCUUCACAUCAUCCAGACAUUCUGUUAAGAGUUAAACAGCAGGCACAAACUCUGUUAAGUGAUCAGCUUGAACUACAAGAAAAAAGCUGUAGAACAUCCUCAGUAGAUGAAAACAACAGUCCUUUAGCCUCUACCCAUAAAGAAAGCACAGGCUCUUCCAAGUUAGCAGGAGACAGGUUAGCAGGAGAUUAUUUGGAGGAUGAUAACAAUGAAGAUCAGCUGCCAGAAAAGGUCAAGGAAAACAUUCUUUGCUGGGAAGACAUCUUUGAAAAAAAUGAACCAAAAUCUAUUCCAAAGGAGGGACCAAACGAAAGUGAAAGAGAUGAGGGACUGGCUUGUACAAAUCCAGUUAAAAUGGACCAGAAACCAUCAGUCCCAAAGGAAAGACUAUAUAUUUGUUCUGUAUGUGGAAAAAGCUUUGGUGGCAAUUCCUUGCUUGUCAGGCACAUGAGAAUCCACACAGGGGAGAAGCCAUUUGCUUGUAACCACUGUGACAAAAGUUUUAAUGAUAAAUCUUAUCUUCUCCGCCACCUAAGAACUCAUACAGGAGAAAAGCCCUAUUCCUGCUCAGUGUGCCUAAAAUGUUUUAGUCAAAAUUCCAGUGUCAUUGCACACAUGAGAAUCCACACAGGGGAAAGGCCAUUUCAGUGCCCAGAGUGUGAGAAACGUUUUAGCGAUAAAUCCUACUUUGUGCGGCACAUGAGAACUCACAGCGGAGAAAAACCCUACAAGUGUAGUCAUUGUGAAAAAUGCUUCAGCCAGACCUCAAGCCUCACUUCCCAUAUGAGGAUCCACACAGGAGAAAAACCAUAUAAAUGUUCUGAUUGUGGUAAAUGUUUUAGUCAAAAUUCAAGUCUUGCUCUACAUAAACGAUUACACAAACCAGAGUAGGUCAGUGGUUGUCCCACAUAUUCAAUUCAUGCCCCCCCACCCCCCACCCAAAGCUGUAUUGACAAUAUUUCCAAGAAUAUCUAGGGUGCAAAUAAGUGUUCAUCCCAGAUUUUACCCUAAGUCACCUCCAGAGUUGGCCCUCAGACACUGCUCUGGAGCCCCCCUUAGAAAGAGUUUAUGAACACACUCUCUAAGUGUUGCACAAUUAAAGUACCACUAAAGGCUAAAAUUGAGAUUUUCAAACUGGGGUGAUGGGGCUUUGGAUGGGUGCCACAUGUAAAUGGCAAUUGGAGUAACAUUUGGGGUGAAUGCAAGUUUCUUGGUAUUCUUUUAGGGUAUUUCUCUGUUCAGAGUAUUAGCAAGCUUGGGGCAUAGUGUCUGGAGGGGUUUCUUUAAUUGUCACAUUCCAUAUUCUGCAGCCAAAUAUAAAUAAUAAUAAUGAAGGUAUUUAUGUUACCCUGAUCUAUUCUGCUUUCAUUUCAUUAAAAGUGAAGAGACAAUCUAAAAUUUAAGUACACUUUUUAUAAUUACAACACAAGACAACUUCAUGCAAUGUUUGUAAUUCAGAUUUUAACAGGUAACACAUGGUAAAAUAAACAGACUGUCCAGAUUGUAGACAA